AUGGGGUGUUCACAUAAAUGGGUGUGCAUGGUUAUUCUUUUGAUCGCCAUUGGGUCUCAAUUGAGUGUAAUUUCUCUUGGAGAUCAGAGUGUUGAGAAGGAUAGGUGGGGUGGUAAUGAAUGUGGAUUUGGACGGAAAGGUUGUGGUAGUCAAAAAACUGGUGGCCUUGGUGGGGGUGGUGGGUUUGGAGGGGGUGGUGGUGGAGGGUUAGGGGGAGGUUCAGGAGGUGGCGGCGGGGUUGGAGGUGGGGGAGGAGUUGGUGGUGGUGGUGGCAUUGGCGGUGGUUUUGGGGGUGGUAGUGGUGGAGGUGGUGGUGUAGGAAGUGGUGGCGGGUUUGGUAAAGGGGGAGGAGUGGGUGGUGGUGUUGGAGGAGGCGGUGGUGUAGGGGGAGGCUCUGGAAGUGGUGGCAGGUUUGGUAAGGGUGGAGGAGUCGGUGGUGGCAUUGGCGGUGGAAGUGGUGUAGGGGGAGGCUCUGGAAGUAGUGGCGGGUUUGGUAAAGGGGGAGGAGUAGGUGGUGGGGUUGGAGGUGGUGGUGGCAUUGGUGGUGGUAGUGGUGGAGGCGGUGGUGUAGGGGGAGGUUCAGGAAGUGGUGGUGGGUUUGGUAAAGGAGGAGGAGUGGGUGGUGGUGUUGGAGGUGGUGGUGGCAUUGGCGGUGGUAGUGGUGGAGGCGGUGGUGUAGGGGGAGGUUCAGGAAGUGGUGGUGGGUUUGGUAAAGGAGGAGGAGUGGGUGGUGGUGGUGGCAUUGGCGGUGGUAGUGGUGGAGGCAGUGGUGUAGGGGGAGGUUCAGGAAGUGGUGGUGGGUUUGGUAAAGGGGGAGGAGUGGGUGGUGGUGGCGGCAUUGGCGGUGGUAGUGGUGGAGGCGGUGGUGUAGGGGGAGGUUCAGGAAGUGGUGGUGGGUUUGGUAAAGGAGGAGGAGUGGGUGGUGGUGUUGGAGGUGGAGGUGGUGGCGGUAUUGGUGGUGGUAGUGGUGGAGGCGGUGGAGUAGGGAGAUGUAACGCCCUGAGAGGCUCUGGAAGUGGUGGCGGGUUUGGAACUGGAGGAGGAGUGGGUGGUGGUGCCGGUGGUGGUGUUGGUGGCGGAACUGGUGGAGGUGGCGGUUUAGGAGGAGGUUCAGGGAGUGGAGGGGGUUUCGGAGCUGGUGGUGGUGUAGGUGGAGGAAGUGGAGGAGGUGGUGGUUUAGGUAGUGGUGGAGGAUUCGGGGCAGGAGGAGGAAUUGGAGGCGGUAGUGGAGGUGGUGGAGGAGUAGGUAAAGGUGGUGGUUUUGGCGCUGGUGGUGGGGCGGGUGGAGGAGUUGGCGGUGGCUUCUAA